AUGUCACUUGUUAAGCUUGCCAACGUUGCUGCUCACUUGCAAAACGUCACGAGGGUCCAUCUGAGUAGAACCUCGAUCCCAUACACAAGGCUACAUCUCCAAGUUGCCUCACAUCUGUACAAGCAAGGAUUCAUCACUUCCAUACAGAGAGGGUCGCUCACGGGGCCAGACGCUACGCCAGUGGAGGUGACACCUGACAACAUCUCGACCAGAAGACUGUGGCUUGGGCUGAAGUACAGGGACUCCAAGUCUGUGAUUUCCAAGUUCCAGCUAGUGUCGAAGCCAAGUUGUAGAAUCAAGGUGUCUCCGGAGCAGAUGAAGGAGCUGGCCAAUGGUAAGUCUGUUAGACAGAUUAGACCUAUCCAGCCUUCUGAGCUUGUGCUGGUGAAGACGGGCAACGAGAUCCUCGAGCUUGGUGAAGCUGCUGCUCAGCACAAGGGCGGUGAGGUUUUAUGCCGUAUCAUUUAA